AAAGGUGGAGCAAAAAUUGUGAAGGUUGGUGGCGGACGAGAGUGUAAUCUUUUGAGCCGACGGGGACGCACGGCGGGAGAGAUGGACAAGCCAGCUCUCGGAUUUGGCGAAUUCUCUGAGGAAUUGGUGGGUUGAUCGACACUCUUUAACCCACAGCAAAAGGGGGCACAGGAACUGAACUACACAUCCUCAGGGAACAGACAUGCUGCACAAACUUGUGCUGCAAAUCGCUUUAGCAGCAAGCCUCCUCUCACCUGAGCUAUCAAGUGCCACAGCUACUAAAACAAAAGCUCAAGGAAAGAACAACUCGGGUGUGACACCAGCUGGGGAGUGUGGGACCUGGGUAAAGGAGCCUGAUGGAGGGUAUUUCACAUCACCGAAUUACCCUGAGAAAUACCCACCUGAGAGGGAAUGCAUCUAUAUUAUAGAAGCCUCUCCUCGGCAGUGCAUCGACCUGUUCUUUGAUGAAAAGUAUUCCAUCGAGCCCUCCUGGGAGUGUAAGUUCGACCACAUUGAAGUCCGCGAUGGUCCCUUUGGUUUCUCUCCCAUAAUUGGUCGCUACUGCGGGCAGGAAAGCCCGUCAUAUGUCCGCUCCAGUGGGAGGUACUUGUACAUCAAAUUUGUGGCUGAUAGUGAACUGGAGGCCAUUGGUUUCUCAGCACGGUAUAACUUCACAAAAGAUCCCGAGUUUAAAGGGCUUGGGGAACUGCCAGCUCUACCAUUUUGUGAGUUUGAGAUGAAUGGUCCAGAAGGCUACGUAGAUUCAACGCAGAUAGCUAAGGAAGGCCGGGCGCAGCAGACUGAAGCCGUGGACUGCAGAUGGUACAUCAGGGCUCCACCAAGAGCCAAGAUCUACAUGCGUUUUCUUGAGUAUGAGAUGCAUAACUCCAAUGAGUGUAAGCGUAACUUUGUUGGCAUCUAUGACGGCAGCAGUUCCGUUGAGCACUUGAAGAAUAAGUUCUGCUCCACUGUGGCCAACGAUGUCAUGCUGGUUACCUCUGUGGGGGUGGUGAGACUGUGGGCAGACGAGGGCAGCAGGAAGAGCAGAUUCAAAAUCCUCUUUACAACCUUCCAUGAACCUCCGUGUGAGAGAGACACUUUCUUUUGCCAUAGCAACAUGUGCAUCAACCACACUCUGGUGUGCAACGGCAUCCAGAACUGUGUUUACCCAUGGGAUGAGAAUCACUGCAAAGAGAAGAGGAAACCGAGCAUCCUGGAUACGCUAGAUAACACUAACCUCACUAUCAUUGGAGUAACCUGUGGUCUGGUCAUCAUCCUGCUCAUCAUCUCUGUCAUCAUCCAGGUCAAACAGCCUCGCAAGAAAUACAUCAUCCGCAGAGAUGAUUUUGAUCCUGCCCUCCUCCACCCUGGUUUUGAGCCUCCUCACUAUGAACUCUGUACUCUGCGCCGUGCCCCCUCUGGUGAACUGACCGAUCCUGCCCUGGCCGAGGACUUUGACAAGUUCCACAAGCUGAGACGCUCCGAAAGCAAAUGCAUCCGCGACCACCACUGUGGCUCUCACCAGGGCAGUGUCCACGGUAGCCGCAGCAACUUGAGCGUGAGGGACGCCACCAUUGUACCUGAUGGGGGGGCUCUUGUGCCCCAGUUGCAGCCAGUGAUGGUGAACCAGCAGUCGCCCCGACUCUCUCACCACAACACGCCGACGAGUCGACGGAACAUUGUGGUGAUGAAGCACAGCUACUCACAGGACGCUGCAGGAGGGUACAGAGCAGAGGAGGAGGAGGAUUUAAUGAUGGAUGAUGGUCCCACUACCAGUCAGCACCACAUGUACCAUCAUCCAAUCCACCACGGCCCAUCAGGGCUUGACCACACGGUCCAUCGUACACUGUCUAAUGACUUCUAAUUAAAAGAACAACAAAAGGUCCCAAAUGAAACUGCAGUAAAAAUUAAUAUUGCAAAUAGAGGUGGCCAAUUUUUAUUUAUUUUUUUACCUAAUAUGGUCAGUAGAGUUCCUUUUUCUCAAACAUUCCAAGUAAUUUCCAAGAAUACAAUCCAAAAGUCUUUUUAAUAGUAAUUCCCCAAAACCAAAGAGUUUAGGAGCUAUCUUGAAUGGUACACUGCUCUGUCAAUGUAAUUCAUGAGAGAUGGUUCCAAGGAUGAGUAGGCCUAUUUUGCUGGAUCACAGUUCCAUUUUUUCCGUUUUGGGUUCCUUGUUUGUUUAAUGAUUCCACUCUAGGCUAGAAUAUAUCACAUGGAUCAAAUCAUAUUUAAAAUAAUAUUAUUCAUUAAUUAUUUUGAUGUUUAAAGUGUUUCCUAUAUGGAUGAACAUGCCUACAACACCAAAGCAAGAAAAAUGCAAUUAUAAGUGUUAUUUAUCAUCCAAUUUACAUGUAUGUCAGGUCAUAUUGUGGCUGAUUUAUUUCAUGUUUAUCUACUGAAUUAAAUAUUUACCCUCUGCUUGAA